AUCAAUGAGGGUAACGCCAAGCUCGUUCUCCAACUGAGAGGAACUUGUGCAGAGCAUCAUUAUAGAGGUCGAACUUGGCGCGGAGUAGAGGAAAAAGAAGCGCAGUCUCAAACUCAAGAAUAUCUCCAUCUUAGACUUCGUGGGUCAUCGUUAUUUCCUUCGCUCUCACCCGCCGGCUUUCAAGUAUGGCUAGAGGUUCUAAACACCAUGAUUGCCCCAUAACCUCAAAGACAAAAAGAAAAUUUUGUUCUCAACCUUCUCAGUCAGUAGCGGAUGAUGGUAUACUAGAGGCUGGGGUUGAUACUGGGGAAGAACAAGCUUCUGAACCAAUUACAGAUGCAGAUGAGCCUCUAAGUGGUCCAUUUCCAGGAGGUCCUCAUGAUCCAUCGGUAUUGAAGAGCUUUAAAAGUCAUGUAGCAGCUGCUAUAUGGUUUAAUAAGGAACAUGAUCCGUUGAAACUUCAGAACCAUUCAUAUAAGCUCACACAAUGGGUAUUUGAUGAACAUGUUACUAACCAUAAGUUUUGGAGUUACAUUGAUGGGUCUAGGUUGAGGCCAUUAGUUAACUGUUCAUAUUUAAUUGGUAAUAGAGUUGUUGUGUCAGCCUUUUGUGAGAGGUGGCAGUCUGAGACGAAUACAUUUCACUUACCCUUUGGUGAAAUGACAAUGUAGACUUACCCUUUGGUGAAAUGACAAUUACAUUGGAUGAUGUUUUUAACAUUUUAGGUAUUCCAAUUCAGGGUGAUUCCAUAUCGGUACCUGAGGGUGUGCGGUUAGACAAAACUUAUUAUGCAUCUUUACUGUCAUCUACACUAGGAGUUACUAUAGAUGAGGCAAAGAAUGAAAUGAGUCGAUAUGGUGGAAAUGGGGUAACACUAGAGUGGUUGAGAUUAAGAUUUCAGAGUGUUUCAGAUGAUAGUUCUCUUGAAUUUAUUGAGUUCGCAGCAAGAGGAUUCUUGCUAUAUAUAUUAGGUUGCACACUUUUUGUGGACAAGACUGGGAAUAGGAUAAAUGUGAUUUACCUACAUUUUUUACGGGAUCUUAAUAGGGUUGGUCGGUAUGCCUGGGGAGCUGCAGGGUUAGCAUUUUUAUAUCGACAGUUAGGACUUGCAUCUAGAGUUGGUUUUAGGCAAAUUAGGGGUUAUUUGACAUUGCUUGAGGCUUGGAUAUAUGAGCACUUCCGGAAUGUAGUUUCCCCUCAUCUUCGUGUUGAAUAAUCAGAGAAUGAGCCACGAGCGAAUGGUUGGGAACCUCGAAAAGAUGCAGGUUUGUCACUAGUUUACGUGCAAGCUCUUUGCCAACAGCUUGAUCAUAUGCAGGCACACGAGGUCAUAUGGGAUCCAUAUCGUGGUCAUAGGGAGGCUCAUCCAUUAUUGGAAAUCACAUUUUACACAGGAAUGCUUAAGUGUUUAGAUAUUGUGGAACCAUAUUAUCCUGAUAGGGUUCUAAGACAAUUUGGUCGAGUUCAAACAAUUCCUCGCAACCCUUACACCCCAUCUCGUGUUCGACGAGUUUCUGAUUCCAAAUCGUACAAGGUUGUGUAUGAGUACUUUGAUGGAUUGUGGCAAAGAUGGCGAGAUCACGUGUUAGCAGAUGCCAACCGAAGCACUCCAGUUAAGUUUUCAUAUGAAUGCACUCCAGAAUACUUAUCGUGGUACCAAAAGAUCACACAUCCCUAUGUUCAACACCCUGAUCGGGUGUCUGCUGCAGUUGAUUCAAAUGAGGAAAAUCAUCCAUUACAGCAGGGAACACUCGACCAAUGGCAUUCAUGAGUGCUAGCUCUCUGUCAGUAACAAUCACACUUGGAAGACAGUCUUCAUUCAUCACACUCUUCAAUCUAGAUAAAGCCCAAACGUAAUUUUCUUUUUUCUCGGCAUGGAUGUAUGCAAAUGCAGCAUGGAAUGUUAAUUCUGUAGAUGUCACCCCUACAAUCUCUAACAAUGGAUAUCGAAACUUAUUUGUCUUGUAUGUGGCAUCCAUUAUUAAAACAUAAGGAAAUGCACGUAGCAGAUUUACACUAUCAGGAUGAGUCCAGAACAAGUCACUCACAAUGUUCUCUGUACCAUAACUCCUAUGCCACUCCACAUAAUUGUAUUUCUGCAAAUUGUUUAGCAAUAUUUGCAUCUCUGACCUACCAGCUUUUUCAACCACCCUUUGAAUAUGUCGAGCAUUGU